CGACUUAUUUGUUUGCGUAAUCAAUUCGAAGUGGAUCUUAUAUCAUUAUUCAUUUGUAUAUAUGCAUUCCCACCAAGGGACAAGCAAGCUACCGGCCCUGCUACAACUACAAUAUACGACGCCGCCCGUGCCCGUCCGGCAACGUCUCCCGCUCCCUCUCCCAUAUAAACGCUCAAGUUCUCGCCGUCUUCCCGUCUCCUCCAGACUCCCACAACCCCCCACCGGCCACCGCCGUCGCUUCGUCCUUACCACUCAACACCACCACUAGUGCCAAUGGACACGACACUCCUGCGGAGCAAUGGCCGCCGCCGCCUCCUGCCCUUCUUCCUUCUCUUGCUCGCUGCCGCCGAUCUCACGGCGGUGCAGGGCCAGCAGGGGCAGCAGCAGCAGCAAGGGGGAUACUACCAGCAGCAGAGCUUCAGCCCGUCCAUGGCCAUCGUCAUCGUGGUGCUCAUCGCCGCCUUCUUCUUCCUCGGCUUCUUCUCCAUCUACGUCCGCCACUGCUACGCCGGCGGCGACAGCAGCAACUCCACGGACCCGGCCGGCCCCAACGGCGCCGCCGCGCGGUCCCGGCGCCAGCAGCGCGGGCUCGACGCCGCCGUGCUGGAGUCCUUCCCCACCAUGGCGUACGCCGACGUGAAGGCGCACAAGGCCGGCAAGGGCGCGCUCGAGUGCGCCGUGUGCCUCAGCGAGUUCGACGACGACGAGACGCUGCGCCUGCUGCCCAAGUGCUCCCACGUCUUCCACCCGGACUGCAUCGACACGUGGCUCGCCUCCCACGUCACCUGCCCCGUCUGCCGCGCCAACCUCGUCCCCGGCGCCGACGACAACGCCCCGCCGGCCGACGGCGACGACGCGCCUGAGCUGCCGCUGCCGGCGGCUCCCGCGCAGGAGCCGUUGCCGUCGCCGCCCACGUCCGCGCCGCCGGCGGCUCCUGCUGCUGCGGUGGUCAUUGACGUGGACGAGACAGAGGAGGAGAGGAUCAUCAGAGAGGAGACCGACGAGCUGAUGCGCAUCGGCAGCGUGAAGCGCGCGCUGCGCUCCAAGUCCGGCCGCGCGCCCGCGGGGUUCCCGCGCUCGCACUCGACGGGGCACUCGCUCGCGGUGUCAGCCGGCACCGAGAGGUUCACCCUGCGUCUGCCCGACCACGUGCUCCGGGACCUCGCCGCGGCGGGGAAGCUCCAGCGCACCAGGAGCCUAGUCGCGUUCCGCUCCAGCCGCGGCGGCAGCACGCGCCGUGGCGUCAGCGUCAGGAACGGGGCCGGGGCCGGGGCCGGCGGCGAAGGCAGCAGCCGCGCCGGGAGGAGCAUCCGGCUGGGCCAGUCAGGGCGGUGGCCGUCGUUCCUGGCGCGGACGUUCUCCACGAGGCUUCCCGCGUGGGGGUCGCGGUCGACGCGCAGGGGCGUCGAGACGGACGGGUCCAGCAAGGGCGGCAGGGCGGCCGGCGUCGUCGCCGGCGCGAAGUCAGUGGAACAGGACGACCAGGCGGGCGCGCCAGGACAACGUGUUUGACCGCUUCUCCCUGUCCUGGUCAAACGGUGGCUGCUAGGAAACUCUUGGUGCUUUCGUCGCCGUCGCGGAGGAAAUUUUUUUGGCAGUUGAAUUUGGGAGAGAACGUGCUUGAUCGCGCUGCUCCUUCGGUCCUUCUUCUAGAAUCUGGACGCGUGUUGUAUUCAUUUUUUUUUGUUAAGAAAACAUGUACAUAAAAUUAGUACUGUAAUUUUUUUUCUUGAGGAUCAAGAUACAUACUUGUACAAGUACACACACGUACCUUAUCUCUUAUACAUUUAAAAGACAUGAUUUUCUUUGAAA